AUGUUAACAGAUAAGAUAUUUUCGUUACUAGUGUAUCUCGAGAGCAAGUUUUCUUUUCCAUUUUUAUUGAAAAAUGACUUAGAAGAGUCCAUUCUAAGACCUGGUUCAGUUGCACUAGUAACAGGAGGGUCUAGCGGAUUGGGUUUAGAAAUUGUCAAACAACUACUUUCAAAAAGAUGUACAGUGAUCAUCCUUGAUAUUUACCCUCCUAAUAUUCAAUUUGGGGCAGACAAAGCUCUUACAUAUUAUAAGUGUGACGUUGGAAGCCAAGAAGAGAUAGAGAAGACGUACAAAAGAAUAAGUAAGGACCAUGCAAGUAUCCACAUUUUAAUAAAUAACGCCGGCAUAACAUGUCUAAAACCGAUUACUGAAUUUUCAAAGGAGGAAGUGAAUAAAGUUAUUAAUGUGAAUUAUUUGGGGGCCUGUAAAUUAAUGCAUUUAUGGUUGUCGGCUAACAAUGAAGGGUUUAUUGUAAAUAUUGCCUCAGUUUUAGGUUUAAUUACCCCUGCAAGACUAGCUGCCUAUGGGGCAUCAAAAGGGGGUUUAAUUUCAUUCCAUCAAUCUUUGAAUCUUUUAUUAAAGAAAAGGACAACUAAUAAAAUCAAAAUGUUACUAGUAUGUACUGGUAAAAUUAGGACUAAGAUGUUUCAAUCCGUAGACUCACCAUCAACACUAUUUGCACCUGACAUUAAACCUGACAUUUUGGCAAGGAGGAUUGUUAAGUCCAUUGAAAGAGGAAAUUGCCAAACGAUUAGAAUGCCCUUUUAUGCAAAUCUGGUCCUUGUAUUCUUGUCGCUACAGAGACCUUACAUUUCAUUAUUGAAAAAAAUAAGUAAAAUGGAUGAAGCUACAAAGAUUUGA